AUGUUUAAAUUUUCAGGAGUCUAUAAAUUUCUUCAAAGAAAAUUUUAUGAUUUACUAUCACUACAGUAUUCAUUUUUACUCAUAAUUAUUUCUGGAUUUCUUUUUCUCAUAUCUCUUAUUCAUUUCGGAGAGACCUGGGUGGAUUGGAGUAGAAAAAAAUAUGAAUCAAUGUUUAAUUCUUACAGUGAUAAUAUAGGUGAAAAAUCAUUUCACGAAAAAUUAUGUCAAAAAGUUCCUAUUGAUGUUGUUUAUACUUGGGUUAAUGGAUCUGAUUCAUUAUUUCAAAAAAAUAUAAAUCAAGCAUUGAAUAAUAAUAAUGAUAAUGAUGCACAAGAUAGUUCCACAAUAAACGAAACAUUUAAUUCUAGAUUUGAAGAUAUGGAGGAACUCAGGUAUUCGUUAAGAUCAUUAGAAAUGUAUGCACCUUGGGUUCGCCAUGUUUAUAUUGUAACAAAUGGUCAAAUACCAUAUUGGUUAGAUUUGGAUAAUCCAAAAUUAUCUAUAAUAACACAUGAGCAAAUAUUUUUAAAUCAUUCACAUCUUCCAACAUUUAGUAGUCCAGCCAUUGAAAGUCACAUACACAGAAUUCCAGGUCUAUCCGAUUAUUUUCUUUAUCUUAACGAUGACAUAAUACUUGGAAAACAAAUAUGGCCAGAGGAUUUUUUAACGGAAUCAGAAGGUCAAAAAAUUUUCAUCACGUGGAAUUUACCUGACUGUUCGUUAACUUGCACGUGGAGUUGGGUCGGUGAUGGAAGUUGCGAUCCUCCUUGUAACAUAGAACAAUGUUCUUACGAUGGCGGAGAUUGUAUAAAUAAUAAUAAUAAUAGUAACAGUUACCCGAAAUACGAUUAUCAUCAUCAAAUGAGCGGUUUAAUAUACGACACGAACGUUGAUAAGGAAGAUGAAAAUGUGAUAAGGAUAGUCGAAGAACAAUACGAAUCGUUGAAAAAAACAAAAGUAAUAGAAAAUAGUGAAAACGUUACGAACGUAAAUGAUUCGUUAAUAACAAAAAGAAAUUUACUCCAAAUAUUCAAUAAUGAUAGUUACACAAUGGACGAAAUGAAUCAAAUGUCAUUAACAAAAAGUUUAAAUGAAAAAAUAAUGAAAACGAAUGAUAAUAAUAAUGAUAAUGAUAAUAAAGAAUCAAAGAAUAGAGUUUUGGACAUGUUUGCAGAAUCACUUCUCUACGUGCAUAAAUUAUAUAAUAAAGUUUUUGGAGUUAGCCAAAGAAAAGUUUUAGCACACAUGCCUCAUUUAAUAAAUAAAAAAAUUAUGGAAGAUUUACAAAAAAUGUUUCCCAAAGAAUGGACGUUAACAUCGAGUCAUAAAAUAAGAUCUAAAAACGAUAUGCAAUAUGCAUUUUCUUAUUUUUAUUAUAUGGUCGAUCAAAAAAUUCAAAAAACUCCCGGUCAAAUUUUCGACGAGUUUGACACGGAUAAAACCGGAACGUGGUCUGAUAGAGAAAUUCGUACAUUGCUGACAAGGAUUUACGGUGUGCCUUUAAAUUAUCGAGUACUCAUGGAAUUCGAAAGUUUCAUAUUGAAUUGUUCGAAAUAUUACGAGAUUGAAAUCACGAAAAAUAUUAAUAAUAAUUACGAAAGAUAUUCCGAUUCGGUAUUGCCGACCGUUACGAAAGGACUCGUAGAAAAUUGUCCGAAAAUUAUAGAAAUUCUCAAUCAAGAAUUUGGUACGAUACCUAAAUACAAGCAUAAAUUCGUACCGGAAAAAGAUCAGGAUGCAUUAUUUAAAAUGGUCACGUCGAAUUUGAGUAAAGUCGUUGAAAGUUUAGACAUAAUAAGAAGUCAUCCGAAGAAAUUUAUUUGUUUGAAUAAUAACAUGGAUGCAAAUCACGACGAAAAAGAAAAUGAUAUCGUGAGGGCAGUUUUACAAGAUUUUUAUAUUUCUUUAUAUCCUAAACGAUCGAAAUUCGAAUUGAACAGUCAAUAUCGUAAUAGAUUUUUACACGUUGACGAAUUGAAAAAUUGGCAAAAAGAUCGUGAUUUUAUUUAUUUUAUUUUAUUCAUAAUAUUGAUAUUUAUCGGUUUAUCCGCAUUUUAUUUAACUUUUCAAAACGAGGUAUUGAGUUUAUUUAAAAAAAUAACUUCCGUUUUAAAAUUUAAAUUUUUUUACAAAGAUCAUCAUCAUCAUCAUCAUCAUCAUUCGUUUACCGGUUGUGGUAACAGCAGAGGAAUAUCACAAAUUUGA